AUGGACCAUGAUAUCAAAUCGGAAAAACCAACCUCGCCGUUAACCACCGACCACAUUCCACCGUCCUCCACCGGAAUCCUCCCCUUAACCAACCCUUCAACCACCACCUCCGCCACCACCCACAAAAAACUAACUCUCAUCCCACUCAUCUUCUUAAUCUACUUCGAAGUUGCCGGAGGUCCUUACGGCGAAGAACCAGCAGUUCAGGCGGCCGGCCCACUCUUCGCCAUCAUCGGAUUCCUGGUCUUCCCGUUCAUAUGGAGUAUCCCGGAAGCUCUUGUCACCGCCGAACUCUCCACCACUUUUCCCGGCAACGGUGGUUUUGUCAUAUGGGCGUAUAAAGCAUUCGGUCCCUUCUGUGGGUCCUUAAUGGGUACAUGGAAAUUUCUCACCGGUGUCAUCAACAUCGCAGCAUUUCCGAUUCUAUGCAUCGACUACAUGGAAAAGCUAUUUCCGAUCUUCUCCUCCGGCUUACCUCGAACUCUAGCAAUCUUGUUUUCCACCCUCUUCCUCUCUUUCGUCAACUACACCGGUCUGAAUAUCGUCGGUAUCGCCGCCAUCACUCUCGGAGUCAUCUCUCUUCUCCCCUUCAUCCUCAUGUCACUCAUCGCCAUCCCUCAAAUCCAGCCACACAGGUGGCUAAGUUUAGGCCAAAAGGGUGUCAAAAAAGACUGGAACUUGUUCUUCAAUACCCUUUUCUGGAACUUAAACUUCUGGGACACCGUGAGUACGAUGGCCGGUGAAGUCGAAAACCCAAAAAAGACUUUCCCCGCAGCACUCUUCUCCGCCGUGAUCUUGACUUGUUUAGCGUAUAUAAUCCCUCUCAUGGCGGUCACCGGAGCUGUUUCGGUAGACCAAAGUGAAUGGGAAUCCGGGUUCAUGGCAGUGGCGGCAGAGAUGAUCUCAGGGAAGUGGUUAAAGAUUUGGGUCGAAAUCGGAGCUGUGUUAUCAGCUAUAGGUUUAUUCGAAGCUCAGUUAAGCAGUUGUUCUUAUCAACUUCUGGGCAUGGCGGAUUUAGGUUUUUUACCAAAGUUUUUCGGCGUCCGAUCAAAAUGGUUCGGCACUCCAUGGGUUGGAAUCUUGUUAUCAACUGCGAUCACAAUCGCCGUUUCUCCGAUGGAUUUCACUGAUAUAGUAGCUUCUGCAAACUUCAUCUACAGUCUAGGGAUGUUGUUGGAGUUUGCAUCGUUUAUAUGGUUAAGAAGAAAGUUUCCGGCGCUGAAACGGCCGUACAAGGUGCCGCUAGGGGUUCCGGGACUGGUGGUGAUGUGCCUUGUUCCGUCGGCUUUCUUGAUCGUGAUCAUGGUUAUUGCUACCAAGAUUGUGUAUUUGGUUAGCGGGUUAAUGACUGUAGGUGCUAUUUUCUGGUAUUUUUUGAUGAAUUAUUGUAAGUCAAAGAAGUGGUUUGCAUUUGCAAAUGGCGAUGAAAUUGAAGGUGAGGAAGAAGUGUCGGCAUCUUGA